UCUGCGACCCGGCGGGUUAUAUAAAUAGGUGAAGAGGGGCAGCGGAGACCUCUUGCACUUUCUUGGCGGCGCGCGACGUAGCGCCCAGUCCUCGGCGAGCAACAUGGCUCGACGCGCGUACUUGUGGCUCGGACUGCUGGUGCUCGUCUAUUCAAUCAGCGGCGAGACACGAGUGAAACGGCAAGAUGACGACGGAGGAGACGAUGUGAACGCCGAGCAGCUCUGCGAGGGCCGGCCCGCCGAUGAGUACUUCCGACUCACCACCGAGGGCGACUGCCGCGAUGUCGUCAGGUGCGACAAGGGCGGCGAGAACGGAGUCACCAGGCUCGCCUCAGUGCGCUGCCCCGGCGGCCUCGCCUUCGAUAUCGACCGUCAAACCUGUGAUUGGAAAACACAUGUUAAGAAUUGCGAUAAACUAGAAAAACCCCGCAAGAUUCUACCUAUCCUGAAAACAGAUGAGCCUAUUUGUCCCGAAGGAAAAUUAGCUUGUGGAAGCGGAGACUGCAUCGAGAAGGAGCUGUUUUGUAACGGCAAACCUGACUGCAAAGAUGAAUCGGACGAGAACGCUUGCACGGUCGAUGUCGACCCUAACAGAGCCCCGGAUUGCGAUCCCAACCAGUGCACACUGCCCGAUUGCUUCUGCUCCGCCGACGGUACCCGCAUCCCGGGCGGCAUUGAGCCAAACCAGGUUCCUCAGAUGAUCACCAUCACCUUUAACGGUGCGGUAAAUGUUGAUAACAUCGAUUUGUACGAGCAGAUUUUCAAUGGAAAUCGCCAUAAUCCCAACGGUUGCCAAAUUCGUGGUACAUUCUUCGUAUCUCAUAAAUACACUAAUUACGCGGCUGUGCAAGAACUGCACCGUAAAGGACACGAAAUCUCCGUGUUCUCAAUCACUCACAAGGACGACCCUCAGUACUGGUCGGGCGGAAGCUACGACGAUUGGUUAGCUGAAAUGGCCGGCGCUCGAUUGAUUAUUGAACGGUUUGCCAAUAUUACUGAUGCAUCAAUUAUUGGCGUACGUGCCCCUUACCUACGUGUCGGUGGUAAUAAGCAAUUUGAAAUGAUGGCCGAUCAAUAUUUCGUUUACGAUGCAUCAAUUACUGCUCCACUUGGCCGCGUUCCUAUCUGGCCAUACACACUUUACUUCAGAAUGCCACACAAAUGUAAUGGUAAUGCCCACAACUGUCCGUCCAGAAGCCACCCAGUCUGGGAAAUGGUCAUGAAUGAGUUGGACAGAAGAGACGACCCGACUUUCGACGAAUCGCUGCCUGGUUGUCACGUUGUCGACUCUUGCUCAAACAUCCAGACCGGUGAACAGUUCGCGCGUCUUCUGCGCCACAAUUUCAACCGUCACUAUUCUACCAAUCGCGCUCCCCUAGGUCUGCACUUCCACGCGUCAUGGUUAAAAUCAAAGAAAGAAUUCAGAGAUGAACUCAUAAAGUUUAUUGAAGAAAUGCUGGAGAAGAACGAUGUCUACUUCACCUCCUUAAUCCAAGUAAUCCAGUGGAUGCAGAACCCUACCGAAUUAUCUUCGCUCAGAGACUUCCAAGAGUGGAAACAAGAGAAAUGUGACGUUAAAGGUCAACCCUUCUGCUCCUUGCCAAACGCCUGUCCUUUGACGACCCGGGAGUUGCCUGGAGAGACACUUCGACUAUUCACUUGCAUGGAAUGCCCCAACAACUAUCCCUGGAUAUUAGAUCCUACGGGAGAAGGUUUCAAUGUUAGGAAGUGAUCUCUUUAAAUUAUAUUGAAAAGACUGUAGGUAUACAUGUAAAUAAUACUCAAUAAAUAUUAAUAAUAAUGCA